UCGAAACAAGAUAAGUGUUAUGUAGGCCCGUCAUGCACCGGCCGGGCUGGCUUCUAAUGGCUUGAUCACAGGCACGUCAGAGAUCCGACCUCUUACAGCCGAUUCAAACGUGUUCACCAGCCUAAUGGCGGAUAAAGUCAGCUUAACGACGGCCAGAAGGUCCAGCCAGCAGGAGAUGUUCAAGCGGCAGACAACCCAGGAGCAGGUCUUCAUCACGGUGCCAGACAGGUCACGUGAGGGCUCGCUUCUCCGAGUGACGUCACCGUCACCACCUCCCGAAGAUGACCUGGAUAUGGAAGCAGACAAGAAAGUGAAACCGGAUGUGGACGAGAUCAAGAAGCGCCUCUACCAGCGGGAGUGCACCAAGCUGGGCAUCACGCCCAUAGGCGCCUUUUUGAGGGAGCCCACCCGCACGGAGCUCUCCAUACGUCACUACAGUCUAGGGCCCACUGGAGCCCGGGCUCUCUCUGUGCCGCUCAUGCUGGACUCUACAAUGACUCACCUUGACCUUGAAGGAAACGGCCUUGGCCCUGAAGGUCUGGCUAACAUGAUGGAGAUGUUGAUGGAACACUGCAGCCUAACGCAUCUGAACCUAAAAAGGAACAAACUACAAAGUCGUGGUGCCGCCAUCUUGGCCCAGAUCCUUCAAGUCAACAAACUCAUCGUCAGCCUCAACAUCGCAGCCAACGAGUUUGUGGACAAAGAUGGCGUCGUCUUCGCUGAUCUCCUCAAGGUAAACAACCACCUCAAGACACUUGACCUCUCGGACAAUGAACUUGGUCACCUGGCCGGCCGACACCUGGGCGAGGCUUUAGGUCAGAACGACACUCUGGAGUCUCUGGACCUCAGUUGGAACCAGUUCAGGGAGGGUGGGGCCGCCAACCUGAUGGACGGGGUUAAGGAAAAUGUCAGUCUAAAGACCUUGAACUUGGCCUUCAACUCGUUCAGCCGAGGUGUGUGCGAGAAACCGUUUGACGCUCUGAGCCAGGCCAUCUCUGCCAACAGGUGUCUGACCCACCUGAACGUGUCCAGCAACAGGCUCACAGACCUGGACUUUCUCGUGCUGGCCAGGGCCAUCAAGGACAACGAGAGUCUCCAGACACUCAAGGUCGGUGAAAAUCUGGCCACUGCCAAGGCCGCAGCAGCUCUGAUAUCUGCCAUUUUAUUGGCUGAGAACAGCGGGAUUAAACUCCUGGAUUUAGGGGAUUUACCCGUGCCGAAACCAAGCCUUGAAGACAUCACAGCAUUGGAAGCUCGUGGGGUCAAGGUCGUGUACGGCAGUGUGCACCAGCGAGAAACAGACUUUGACCCGGAAGCUAAAAGACCGGAGGCCGCGCCUAACGAGGAUGCCGAGCCGAGUUCCAGAGCCGAAACACGAGCAGAGGACGGUGCCAGAAGGGUGGAGGUCGUCCGGGGCGAGAGUGCGGGCGUCAGGGCGCUGGGCGUGACGGAGGGUGGUGAUACAGUAACAGCACCUGGUGACGCCACACCUCGUGACUCAACUCCUGCCGACAUGAAUGAGUCAGGGGUCACAGAGGGGGGUCAGGGUGGCAGCGAGGGUUUAUAUCAAGAGAUUUCUGCUCCUGACCUGACUCUUAGCUCUGACCUUGACCCCGAGAUAAACUCUGAACCGGCCAUGAACUCUGACCCUGAGCCGACCAUGAACUCUGACCCUGAAGUCUCUGGGCCAGGGCCAGUUGAUCAAAAGUCUGACCCACAGGGGUCUGCAGACGGGGAAUCGACGGGGGUCGCAGGCACUGAGGCUCACGUGUCAGACAGUGGCGACAAUGGUGCGACAAGUGACCUUCAGACUGACCAGACUGACCUUCAGACCGACCUUCAGACUGACCAGACUGACCUUCAGAGUGACACUCAGGCUGACCAACAGACUGACCAACAGACUGACCAACAGACGGACCAACAGACUGACCAACAGACUGACCAACAGACUGACCAACAGAAUCACUAGCAAGAUGACACUAAACUUGAUUAAUAAGAUCUCCAGAUGAUUUGUACAUCGCGACAUGCAAGUUUACGAUCAUCAGAACAAAAACAACAUCCAUACAACAACAUCCACACAACAACUAUUACACAACCACAACCAGAACAACAUCCACACAACAACUAUUACACAACCACAACCAGAACAACAUCAACACAACAACUAUUACACAACCACAACCACAACAACAUCCGCCACCACACCACACUCACAUACACCCACUUCCACCCUCAGAGCUUGCUAUUUGUGUGUGUGUGUGUGUGUGUUCGUGGGUAAAGGGACCAUUGUUUUUACACAUGUUAUAUUGUAAAUAUUUUGUGUCGAAUAAAAAC